AUGUUUCUGGAAUUGCCAUUUCAGAAUUGUUUACAGUUUCUCACUGGCAGUUAUUCAGAUGGCUUUAAUAUGAAGAAAGGAGGUUUGCAGGAAAGGUUGGCUGAACUCUUCCUCUCUCAUUUUGAGGAAACUGAUGCAGCCCAGCAAUUUCAGUAUGCAGUGAGAGUCAUUGGAAGCAACUUUGCUCCUACUGUUGAAAGAGAUGAAUUCCUCGUGGCAGAGAAAAUCAAGAAAGAACUUGUCAGACAAAGAAGGGAAGCAGAUGCUGCUUUAUUUUCGGAGCUCUACAGAAAACUCAGUUCACAGGGCGUUUUGAAAAAUAAAUGGUCAAUACUCUACCUCCUGCUCAGCCUUAGUGAAGAUCCACGUAAACAGUCCAACAAGGUAUCAAGUUACGCUGCACUGUUUGCUCAAGCAUUGCCACGAGAUGCACACUCAACCCCAUACUACUAUGCCAGGCCUCAGACCCUUCCACUGAAUUACCAGGACCGGAGCACUCAGUCUGCCCAGAGCUCUGGAAGCAUGGGGAGCAGUGGAAUCAGCAGCAUAAGCAUGUAUGCUCUGAAUGGGCCAACGCCAACUCCACAAUCCCUCCUUCCAGGACAAUCCUAUCAAGCUCCAGGAGUUGGAGAUUGCCUUCGUCAACAGUUAGGAUCACGUCUUGCAUGGACUCUAACUGCAAGCCAGCCUUCUUUACAAAACUCUACCUCAAAAGGCCUUCCAAAUACUGUUUCUCGCAAUGUACCACGGUCAAGGAGAGAAGGGGACACAAGUGGCUCUGUUGAAAUAACUGAAGCAAAUCUUGUAAGAGAUAUUUUGUACGUCUUCCAGGGCAUAGAUGGCAAAAACAUCAAAAUGUGCAAUUCUGAAAACUGUUAUAAAGUAGACGGAAAGGUGAGCUUGUCCAAAUCUCUCCGAGAUACUACAAGCAGGCUUGCAGAAUUAGGAUGGCUACACAAUAAAAUAAGAAAAUAUACAGACCAGAGGAGCUUGGAUCGUGCAUUUGGACUAGUAGGUCAGAGUUUUUGUGCAGCUCUACAUCAGGAACUUAAAGAAUAUUACAGACUUCUGUCUGUUUUGCAUUCCCAGCUGCAACUUGAAGAUGACCAGGGUGUAAAUUUGGGACUAGAGAGCAGUUUAACACUUCGUCGUCUUCUAGUGUGGACAUACGAUCCUAAGAUAAGACUAAAGACCCUUGCAGCACUUGUUGAUCACUGUCAAGGAAGAAAAGGUGGUGAACUAGCAUCAGCUGUCCAUGCCUAUACUAAAACUGGAGAUCCAUACAUGAGAUCAUUAGUGCAGCACAUUCUUGGCUUGGUAUCCCAUCCUGUCCUGAAUUUUCUUUACCGUUGGAUUUAUGAUGGGGAGUUGGAGGACACUUAUCAUGAAUUCUUUGUAGCUUCAGAUCCUACUGUUAAAACUGACCGGUUGUGGCAUGACAAGUACACUUUAAGGAAAUCAAUGAUACCAUCAUUUAUUACAAUGGAGCAGUCAAAAAAGGUUCUUCUGAUAGGUAAAUCCAUAAACUUCUUGCAUCAGGUGUGUCAUGACCAGACUCCAUCUACAAAGAUGAUAGCUGUGGCAAAGUCUGCGGAAACACCAAAGGAUGCUGCUGACUUGUUCACAGAUUUAGAAAAUGCAUUUCAAGAAAAGAUCGAUGCAGCUUAUUUUGAGACCAGCAAAUACUUGUUAGAUGUCCUCAACAAAAAAUACAAUUUACUGGAGCACAUGCAGGCCAUGAGGCGCUAUUUACUACUUGGUCAAGGCGACUUUAUAAGACACUUAAUGGACUUGCUUAAGCCAGAGCUUGCUCGACCAGCUACAACUUUGUAUCAGCAUAAUCUGACAGGAAUCCUUGAAACAGCUGUCAGAGCAACUAAUGCACAGUUUGACAAUCCUGAGAUCCUCAAACGGCUGGAUGUCAGAUUACUAGAGGUAUCUCCUGGUGACACUGGAUGGGAUGUUUUCAGCUUAGACUAUCAUGUUGAUGGACCUAUUGCAACAGUGUUUACACGAGAAUGCAUGAGCCACUACCUGAGGGUGUUUAACUUCCUUUGGAGAGCAAAGCGGAUGGAAUAUAUUCUCACUGACAUAUGGAAAGGACAUAUGUGCAAUGCAAAGCUACUGAAAAGUAUGCCAGAGCUUUCUGGGGUGCUGCAUCAGUGUCACGUUCUGGCAUCAGAAAUGGUCCAUUUCAUUCAUCAAAUGCAGUAUUACAUUACAUUUGAGAUACUUGAAUGUUCAUGGGAUGAGCUCUGGAAUAAGGUCCAGCAAGCACAAGACUUGGAUCACAUCAUCGCUGCUCAUGAAGUUUUCUUGGACACAAUCAUCACACGCUGUUUGUUAGACAGUGACUCCAGAGUACUCCUCAACCAGCUUCGAGCUGUAUUUGAUCAAAUCAUUGAACUUCAGAAUGCUCAAGAUACAAUGUACAGAGCUGCUUUGGAGGAGCUGCAACUAAGGUUGCAAUUUGAAGAGAAAAAGAAACAGCGUGAACUUGAGGGUGAGUGGGGGGUAACAGCAGUGGAAGAGGAGGAAGAGAAUAAACGGAUUAAAGAAUUUCAAGAAUCAAUACCAAAAAUGUGUUCACAGCUGAGAAUACUCACACAUUUCUACCAGGGCAUUGUACAGCAGUUUUUGGUCUUGCUGACAACCAGUUCUGAUGAAAGCCUUCGAUUUCUUAGCUUUAGAUUGGACUUCAAUGAACAUUAUAAAGCAAGAGAACCAAGGCUUCGUAUAUCUUUGGGCACUAGAGGGAGACGCAGCUCACAUAUGUGAAGUACUUUUUAACAGCUAUACCUGGAUUUCUGAAGAAUAUUAACCCUGUUCUUGGACAAGGCAAUCACUGUCUACGUACUAAAACCAAAUGGCAUGUGAUAAGUGUCUACCAUUUCUGCAAGCAAUGUUUUCGGUUGUGAUUAUGUAGCACUAUGGCAGAAAGCAAAAAAAAAAGCUUUUUUUUUUUUAACAUUAAUGUUUGUAAUAUUACAAAAUUAAAUGGGCUGGUUUAAACUGUUCCAGUUGAUUUGUUAAAUCAUCCUUUUUAAUGAAUGUCAUAUUUUAUUUGGGGCUUUUUAAGCUCUUUCCACUGUAACUUAUAUUAUGUCCAGGAAACCACACCUUAUUUUGUUUUAGAAGGCACUGUUUCCUUUUUUAACAAAAGAAGAGGGCGUUAUUUUUUUCUAUAUAUGUAUUUGUCCUAUUUGGAAAUCACUUUUGUUAGGUCAGAUUUGGAUCCAGACCUAAUGACCUUAUUAAAAAAUGUAUAAAACACUUUAUUAUACUGAUUUUCAGUGUUGUGAUGUAUUUGACUGUGUGAGAAACUUUGUAUCCUGGUACAUUAACUUGCAUACAUUUUUAAAUUAUUUUUCUCUUCAAAGUUAACAUUUUCCAAAAUUUGAUUUAUUAUUCCAGGCAAACUGUAGAACAACGAUACAAAAGGAAAUUAUAGAAACAUAACAGGAGACACACAUUACAUAAUAAAAAUGUCCUAAAAAUUGAUGUUAAAGCCUCAGUACUGUCAAGUAAAGGAAUGUGUAAAUAUGGAUAGAAGUAAAUGAAGUAUUUUGUGUUCUAAAUCUGAUGUAUUAGAAAGAAAUUGACUUGGAUAAUGAGAACUACUUUAUUUCUCCUUCCUGCCUAUUUUUCCAUUGUAAAUAUUUAUAUAUUGUUGUCCAGAUGUUAGGGGGAAAUCUUUUUUGUAAAGAUGUCAUUAUAUCAAGUCAUUUAAGUAUCCAUUUAUGUUCCACAAGUACAAGCUUAGAAAAAUAAAACACAAUUAUCU